UACUCUUUUCAGCGAACACUUAGCAUUAUGCACCCACAAUGCUAAAAUCAACAUUCACACCCAUUUUUUGUGCACUAGCGCCCAAACCAAAACCAUCAACCCGCGUAAUCACAAAUACUUUUUCAAACAGCACAUCAACUGUUCGACAAAACUCCUCACUCAAAAACAACCCAACCAUCACCCCUUCUUCAGCUUACAUUCACCUCCCUUUCUGUCGUAAACGCUGCCACUACUGCGACUUCCCCAUCGUCGCUCUCGGCUCCGCUUCAACACAGACACACGACGACCCGCGUGUCAUAAACUACAUUCAAUGGCUCUGCAGAGAAAUCAAUGCAACUAAAAUAGAAGAUGAACUUGAUUCUGCAAAGACGCCGCUUAAGACGGUGUUUUUCGGUGGUGGGACGCCGUCUCUGGUUCCUCCAAGUAUGGUUGGAACGGUUUUAGAGACGCUGAAGAUGAAAUUUGGGGUGAGUGAAAGUGCUGAAAUUUCGAUGGAAAUGGACCCGGGUACGUUUGAUUAUAAGAAGAUGGAAGAGAUGAUGUUGUUGGGAGUUAACAGAGUUUCUUUAGGAGUUCAAGCAUUUCAGGAGAAGCUGUUGAAGAGUUGUGGGAGGGCACAUGGUUUGGAAGAGGUUCAUGAGGCUAUUGAUAUUGUUAAAAAGUGUGGGGUUGAGAAUUGGAGUAUUGAUCUUAUUGCUUCAUUGCCUCAUCAGACUAGUGAAAUGUGGGAGGAAAGUUUAAGGCUCGCCAUUGAGGCACGGCCAACUCAUGUUUCUGUUUAUGAUCUGCAAAUUGAACAAGGCACAAAAUUUGGAAGGCUGUAUUCACCAGGAGAAUUUCCAUUGCCUUCUGAGACACAAUCCGCUGAUUUUUAUACGAUGGCUUCAAGGAUGCUUCGUGAUGCCAAUUAUAGUCAUUACGAAAUCAGCAGCUACUGCAAGAGUGGUUAUGAGUGUAGACACAACUUUACCUAUUGGAAGUACAAGCCUUUCUAUGCCUUUGGCCUCGGCUCUACUAGUUUUAUUGGUGGUUUGAGGUUUUCAAGACCCAGGAAGGUGAAUGAGUACAUGAAAUUUGUGGAAAAUCUGGAAAAUGGAUCAGUAAAUAGCUCAAUUGAUGACAACAUUAAUAGCAAGGACAAAGCAUUGGAUGUUGUGAUGCUGUCCUUGAGAACAGCAAGAGGUCUAGACUUGAAGCAUUUCCAAGAAUCAUUUGGCAGCUCUCUGGUUCUCUCUCUGGUUGAGGUUUAUAAACCUUAUGUUGAGAGUGGGCAUGUGGUUUUCUUGGACGAGCAAAGGAGAGCUGUUAGAAUAGACGACAUCAACAAUUCUCUUUUGGACGAAACUGAUUUAGAAAGGAGAGUGGCCUACAUGAGGCUAAGUGAUCCAAAUGGUUUCCUUUUAUCAAAUGAGUUAAUAGCCCUUGCUUUUGGGGUUAUUGACUCUUGGAAGGAUUAUCCUUCUGCACUCCAAGAAGCUACCUGAAAACACAAUUGUCUAUCUGUUAAUUUAAUACGUUACACAAGUUACAGAUGAUGUUUUAUAUUUUUUUUUUCAACACUCUGCAUUCUGUGAAUUGCAGAAAAGGCUAUCAAAAGUUUAUUUUAUCUUUUCAGUUGAUUAACUUUUGUAGUUCAUCAUAUUUGUUAGCAUUUGUUAAGAGAUUGCAACUGUGUCCCUAACUUAUAAGUCCUCACUGGUGUAGAUUAUUUUUGUUUCUGUUGACUACUGUAGCUAAGACGUGGCAACUUUGUUCUUUAUGUUGUA